UCCAAAUUCAGUAACAAUCAGCUGAUAAACACAUACAAUCAAACUACAAAUUCAAAUUCCAUAAAAAUUCGUUUUAAGUUAUUAACAAAAAUGCAACAAAACAGCCUAAUAGACAAUACAGACAGUUGUAUUAAAUCCUUCUUGAAGGGAAUCCAAGUGGCUUAUCCAGGACUUUCAGUCGAUGUAAAUUCAAAAAUUGUAAUGUACAAUAAGGAUCGGCAAUAUAAAGUCGCAUUGGUAAGUGGUGGAAGGGCAGGUCAUGAACCGUUUGGUGCAGGUUUUGUGGGAGAAAAUAUGUUAACAGGUUUCAUACUUGGAACGUUACACUCUUCUCCGCCAUCCAGUACGAUAUACACAGGAAUGGUGAAUUUAUUAACAAAAAAUAAAGGUGGGGUUUUAGCACUGGUUCUUAAUUACAUGGACAACAAACUUAAUUUUGGAACGGCGGUAGAAAGAUUGAAGCUACUUGGUAGAAAAAUUGAAAGUGUUUAUGUGUCAGAAGAUUGUGUACAUGGGGAAUUUCAAACGAUCGAUUGUGGAAGAAGGGGUUGCUGUGGGAUAGCAUUAAUUUCAAAAAUAAUAGGUGGUCUCACAUCAAAAGGUUUUAAACUAAAAUUCCUGAAAAAAGAAGCUGAAGAAAUAAAUUCAAGGAUGUACACACUAAGUGCAGCUUUAGCACCAAGCACGCUAUUCGAAGGUAAACAUUUUUUCAAGGGUACUACUGAAAGGAAAAUGGAAAUCGGAAUGGGUUUGAAUGGUGAAAAAGGUAUAAAAACAGUGAAGAUAUCAAGUAUGAAAGAAAUAGUAGAAUCUCUCCUUGCGAGAUUAUACCAGGAGGCACACAUUAAGGCAAAAAAUGAUGUCUUUGUCAUUCUAAUAAACAAUCUUGGAAUUUGCACUGAUCUUGAAAUGUACAGCAUCGCCUAUGAAGUUGUAACUCAAAUUGAAAAGUGGAACAUUGUGAUCAAACGUGUCUAUGUUGGAAAAAUGAUGACUUCUUUAGAUGCAAAAGGCUUUCACAUAACUAUAUUAAACGUCACUGGUAAGAAGCUUUGGAUAACUGAACUGGAUACCAAUACAGAUGCCUUUGGAUGGACGUUCUCAGCAUACAGCUUUGGACAAGCUCCACCAAUCACAUUUAUAGAGAAAAAACCCAACUUAAAUUUGAUUGCAGGCAUAGUAUUGACUGUUCCACAAUCAAAAAUUUUUGAAGAUAUUUUAAUUAAUAUAUGCACGUCUUUGGAAGAAAAUGAAUCUAAGCUCAACCAGCUGGACCUUGCUAAAGGGACCGGCGAUUUUGGCACCUGUUUGAAGCGACUCGCCUCAGGAAUCAGAAACAAUAUUGCAACUUGGGAUUUAAGGGACCUUUCUAAAAUUUUCUUUUUGAUAUCUGAAAUAACAGAGAGUCAAGUGGGAGGAAUGUAUGGAGCUUUAUAUUCACUGAUGAUGAUGGGAGCAGCAAACAAUUCAUACGAUUGGGUUACUAUUUGGAAAGCAGCAUUAGAUAAGAUUUAUGAGUACACCAAUGCUAAAGUUGGAAACGCGACAAUGAUAGAUGUCUUAGAACCUGGAUUUCAAUCCUUUAUAGACAUUAUGACCGCCGAUGAUUCAAAUUGGAUGGAAGCUAUUGACGAUGCUGUUGCAAGUGCUAGAGAUGGAUGUAACAGCACUUCUUCCAUGAAACAACAAGUAAGUCAAUCUUUUUUUGACAAUACUUCAGAAAUGAACAAUGUGGAUGCAGGUGCUUACUCUGUUGUCAUAUGUCUGGAAGCAAUACAAGCUACUCUUAAACGAGGUCAAGAAGAUGAAGAGCAUAUGCUUUUCAGUUAAGCAAAAUACAACUUC